GUUUUAUCAAACGUUGGUUCUUCCAUGGGAGUGUAUUAUUUGGUACGGAAAUCGUGGCUAGCUUAAAGUUCACUCCGUUUUCGAACCAGACGUGAACAUGUUGGGAGUUAGCAACUUGUAUUUGUGUGUUCUUUCGGUCUCAUUCACCAUUACUGACGGACUUGUCGGUGAGAUACCUUUUGAAGAGCUAUAUUUUUAUUAGAGUGUGCUUGAACAAGCUAGGCAAAACAUCGCUUUCAAAGUUAACUUUCGUUUCUCCUAAGGAAUAUACAAGUGGCUCGAUGUCUUCAUUGUCGCUAACGGUACCAGAUUUUUCCUCCUCUACAGUUCGAAGUCAGAAAACGUGAAUAAUUAGCCACUUGGGUUUCUUUUUUUCGUACAGUUAAUGUUAAGCGAUUUCACGUUCUUCUUUUGCCAAGGACGGCCUAAAAACCUACAAAGUUGUAAAACACACGAGCUAGGCCAUUGUUCAGUUCAUGAAAUUUUUUAUUUUGCCACAGUCUCUUUGCUAUUGCCGUCGUAGUAUUGAAUCAUGUGUAACUGCAGGUAAUGUCUACCGAUGUUUAUACAUCGGUCGAUAGUCGGCCAACAGACGUAUCGAUAGAGGCUCGGUCGAUAUACCGAGCGACAGGAAGCCUGCAGAACAGGUUCAAUUUUUUGCGUUUUAUAAGCGAAGAAAGACAAGCGUAAGGCGUGCGCGAAGGGUAUCUUAUAUCAUUAUUUUAUCUAGUAAUCUUCUUCCACUGUAUGGAAAGCUUUAAUUCGUAAUUCUGAUGUUGUUCGGUUUCAAUAUACCGCGUGACCACGUGAUUUUCUAGAAAACGGAAGGGUGCAACAUAUGGCAAGCUUUCCCUUAGAACCCAUACUUUACAACACCUUAAUUAACAUAAUUUCCUCCCCUUGACAUAGCUUUUGCUACAAAUAUUGUUGCUAUGCAAGACGAUAAGAAAUCACAAAAAGACUGUUUUCAACCACUAAUUAAUAGUACGACUUCCUGUGCGACUAGUCCAUAUGAGGCCUUGCGAUAUGCCUAACUUUAUGCUCUCAUUAGACUGUUCUGGAACAUGAUAUUUGAGUAAGUGUGCAUCAUCAGAUUGCUCAUGUGUUUACAAGUGAAAGUAUAUAUCGCCUUAUCUAUAACAGGUGCAAAAGUGUCAAAGGUACAUGUACUUCCAGAAAACUUGUGCCUACUUAUAAACUCAUGGCAUGUAAGGUGUUUUCAGCUCAGAUGAUAAUGUGUGAGCAGUAUGCAGAGGAAUCCUGUGCUUAGCAUUGUCACAGACUCCAUUAUUAGGCAAUUGAUUAUAUUAUUUCAUUGAUCUGAAAACUUGUUUUCCUUUGAGUGUAGAAUGAAAUUAAGUCUGAGCAGGAAUUUUUUAAUCUUUUGAGCAGAAUUUAGUCAUCGUUAAGGUCAGCAGUUUUUGACUUGAUGCCUUGUUUCUUACUAACAGCAGGUCAGGUACAACUUGAAUCAUCCUAUGGUGGAAGCAACAGGACUGUUAAACUUGGUUCCUCUUUUGACUUCUCGUGGAACUACACUGGUGACUUGAACAGUGUUGAAUGGGGAACAAAAGAUAGGGAAAUACUUGAAGUAAAUGUCACUCUAUUCACCCUUGCUAUAGGUGGGCAUAGUGCCGCUAAUGUAUCUCAGUACAUUGGCCGUUGUCUUGGCAGCUGGAAUCGACAGUCACCUGGUCAAGUCAAGUUUACUCUAAAUCGUAUCAAAGCGGUUGAUAACCAGGUUUUCAUCUUCAAAUUUGUCUCAGAUGACUUUGCAGCGUCAAAUGUAUUUGACGUAGUGCAAUUAAUUGUGAAAGGUAAGAAUUUUUAUUGUGUGAUGAAAUGUUGUUGUGUCAUGGAGGGUAGUAUGAAGUUUUGGAAUGGGCAAGUAGUGCUAUUCAAUUUCAACAAUUCUUAAAGGAAAUAGCUACAAUGUACACUGCAAACCAAAAAAGUGUUGUCAUGAAAAGUAAUGUUGUUGCUUAGCCCUUAAUUGGGGGGUACAGUCCAGAAAGGGUUUGCCCAAAUCAAAGUUCCUGACUUGCUUUGUUUUAAUUGGCUAUUUGUUCAAGCUGAAAGUGAUUUUGUUGCCAGAAAUCACAUUUUGAAAAUUGACAUUUUGGAAUCAAAAUCUGCCAUCUUUGUUGUAAUGUAGCUAUGAUGUACCAAUAUUCAAGCAUUGUUAUCUUGCCUAUGAUGGAUGAAAACAUAGAAAACAGUGGUGAGGAGAGCAACAAUGACUAAUUCCCAACUUGGAUCUUAAUCCAGACGGUGUAAUUCGUCCAUUCAUGUUUGAGCUGCAACAUAGCUCGUCUUCAGGAGAAGAAGAAAUCUUGAAAUGAAACUCUGGAAGCGAUACAAGGAGAAACAUCUAGGUGCUCUGUCUUUGAAACUGCAAGUGGUGCUCUUGCAGCAACUGUUAAGAGAUGCCAACAGAAAACGAGUGUAUAAGCUGUCAAGAAGUGAAUGUACUAGGUAAUCAACUCCAAAUAUCGCUUUGGGCAGUGUCCUGGUCCACUUGCUCAAAGCUGAUGUUAAAUGAACUGUUGUCCCCAGCCUUUUCAUCACCGCUGACUUGAAAGGGAAUUGUAGUUGACAUUGUCGUCAUCAAAGUUGACUCGAAGGGAACUGUUGUUUACAUCACUAUCUAUUGUUACAUCAGUAUCUUCUUCCAGGUUAAUCAAGAGCUCCAGAAGCCAAAGUGGGUGAUUAGAUGAAUCUUUGAUCAGGGCUGAAGUAAAUGGCUGAGUGCAAAGGGACUUGAGACUUGCUUGCUUCUGAUAACUGAUUCCCAUUAAGAGUAUUCAGCCACACCUUUAGCAACCACCUCUUUCAAGGAUAUAGUACAGUAGGCCCUGAAAGGUAUCCUUUGCUGACAAAAUUAUAAAGGCACUAUUGAAGCAGAACCACCAUAAAGUUCCGUUUUAGCUUGAUCUAAUCACAAACGGGACAAUGUUUCUUUUAGCUAAUUAAUCAGGUAACAAAUCUGACCACACAAGUAAGACUUUACUCAAUUUCAAUCUUGGGGGUUGAACUUCAAAACCUUGUGGGGAUUUUCAAUAUUCUAAUUAUAGUCAAACCUGCAUUAAGUGGCACCAUAUUGAGUGGUUGGUUGUCAAAGUCCUGAAAUUUGUUCCCCAUAAUUACAGUGAUUUUCACCUCUAUUAAGCAGUUACCUCUUUUAAGCAGUCAUUGUCACCUUAGACUGAGUCCUUACAGCCUGUCUGUAUUGUCUUCCACCUGUGUUGAAUGGUCACUCACAGCAGAACCAUUCUAAUGAAAAUAACACUAAUCUUUCAUGUGAAAUUUAAACCAUAUUAAUUUCCUGAAAUCAAUAUUUUGGUAGUAUUAUCAGGUGACUUUUUGUACAUCAUGUGUAAGUGGUCAAUUAUGGCAUAAAAUGAUAUUUUUAUCAUUUCUUUAUGAUACCUUUUUAUGUGAAACUUGUAUUAAAAGGACAGUGUCACAGUUGGGCAUGAGCGUAAAAAAAAAAAAAAUGCUAUGAAAUAUUUCAAUCUUCUGCCAUCUUGGAUUUUGAACAUCAUGUAAAUCUAUCGCUUGAAACAUGUCAAAAUGGAUUAGAAUACCCCUGUUUAGCGAUCCACCAAGUUCCCUCUUGCUAUAUUUUAAACAAACAAACCUUUAUUGAUGGGAAAUUUUAAGUCAUGGACACUAAUGGGUUGAAUAGAUGCUCUUCUGGAAUGGUAAGAGUUCACUCACUGUGGUAAUUUUAUCUUUCACAGCUGUUUUGCAGUAAGUUAAUUGUGAGUAAGCACUCUUUAAAAUGUCCAUUCAGCUUCUAACAGAGAACCAUGCAUACAGCCAUGUGCAUACAAUCCUGGAAAUGAAUAAAGUCUUGAUCAAUGUGACUACAGGUUGUAUUUCAUCUGAACAAACAUGUAUCAAACAACAGUGCCUCAAUUUGUAGCUUGUUUUAAUUUUCAGUAGUGAUAUGUAUAUUAAGAUGAAACCUCCUAGGGUCUCAUGUAAUGAAGGGACAAAAAUACCAUAAUGCAUCGGGUUUUUUCAUCGCGUGAAAAUGGCUUUCACUUUUUACAAGAAAUGGAGAAAUAGUACAAUUUCAUGGCAGAGAGUUGAACAAUGGUGUUACAAAUAGGUUCAAUUCCUCUUCUUUUGGUUAAGUCGAUGCAGGUCAGAUUUAAUGACAAGCUGAGUUAUGAGUACUUCUGUUGCUAACAGUUGUCAUGAAGGUACAUCAUGUCUUUCGCUUCGCAACUAAUUUAUGGAAUAAACUUGACAUAGUAAUUUGAGCUUUCUUGCUAAUAUCAUGUGUCAAAUUUCCAUUAUUGUGCCCUCUUGUAUGUUGCUGACAUGUGGAAUUGUAUGUCAUUUGAAACUAUUGUUAUUCCUGUGGUGUUUGGCAACAUGCCUUUUUUCACAUGCAGCUUAUGAUGGCAUGAUUUAGAACUCUUGAAUGUAACUUGGUUUUGUAUUCUCAGUUUUUGGAAUAUUUUACAUUACUUUAUUAUUCAUAAUCUUUGUAAUGUAUGCCUAAUCAAAAUAUUCAUUUUUGUCCAAAAAAUAGCUUACAUUUCAAAGAAAAGACAAUGAUUCUAUUGACAAGGGAUAUGACUCAUGGUCCUUGUUGUGCAUGCUGACAAUCAAACAUUGUAGAAAAAUAACUUCUGAUUGCUGUUCUUUUUGAAAAAAAAUAAAAAAUUAAAAUGGAAUGUGUGAAAAAAAUAUGAUAUCCUUGAGUUUCAAACAUGUUUACAAUUUGAUUUGUGUGCCAAAAUGUUCAGCUGUUUUUAGUGCUUUGUAAUUUAUUAACCUAGAUACCAGUGAUAGAGGUUGGUGUGACCUUUUGAUCUUGGGAAAUUAAAACCAAAGAUAAAUUUACCACAAGUGAAUUGAGGUGAGGUUUCUUGGGUGUAAAGCCAUUUUGUCCAUAUUGCACUAGCUGAGAUGAUGUAAAGACAUGUUGCAUAAGUUUGUUAUAAUCCUUGAGUAUUGAAGAAAUUAGAAAAUAUUGGAGCUAAUGUAUCUUUUCAUGGCAAAAGGGAAAGUUAUAAUGUAAAUUUGUCUGUAAAGAAUACUUUCUUUGCCUUUACGUUCAACAGAAAGUAUCCCAUAGGGUUGCUAUCCAACACUAGAUAAAUGCAUUGAAACAUUACAACAUGUGAUUUAAUGACAGAUGCAGAUAAGGCUUUAUGGUUUGUAGGACAGGAUCUAUGUAAAGUAGCUACAUAGGUAAUAGACUUGUUGUUGUGUUACCAGUAGUUGUUUACAAUGUUAAACAUAUGAGUAACUUUACAACACAAUUUUACUGUCUCUAUUUUUCACUUGGUAUUAAAUUGGAACCUCUAGGGCUGUUUUAAGUUGGCUUUUCUUUAAAGGCUUAUUUGUGGUCAGUCCAUUUAGAUCAACAAACUUGGUGAAAAGGCUUUCAGAUCUGUUUCUGCUUCUUAAAUAAAAACACUUGUGGUCAGUAGCAAAGCUGUAUAAUCCUGAAGAUUUAUGAAUAUGUCUCCUAAUACACAGCUGUUAAUUCAGCUGUUAGCAGCAACAACAGCUUUAAAGAUUUUAAGGCUCCUUUAACAGCCUUUCAUUUGGCCAAAUUGACUCCAAAAUUUGAAAACUGUGGCUUACUGAUAUGCUUGUUUUAAAGAAAUUCACUAUAAAGGUUGAAAAAAGAGAAGGUUCACUCACCAAGUUUCUUUGCUGUCCUAGGUAUUUAUUUGUGGUUUACCAAAACAAAAGUUAGAGUACAUGGUCUAAAGCCUAGGGUUUCAUGGUAAUAUUUUGCCCUUGCAUUCAGUUGGUCAAGAUUACCUCAAAAGGUCCUUUUCUCAAACUGUAAUGGUCAAUUAUAGUCAAGAGUGGUCAUUCCCAUUAUUUAUUGAUGUGGUUAUGCAUUCCUAACAAUUUUCCUGCCAGCUUGUCAUUCUAUCGUGGUGUAAUAUGAAAUGUAAUGUAAACCUGGUGAAAACCUUUUAAAGUUAUGCAUCAUUUUGUGCUUUAAUGACAUCUUCAUCCAAUUUUCUUUUAGUUCUCCAUAGUGUCUAGGUGCUUUUGCACUAGAUACACAAACUCAGAACAAAUUGCUAAAAUUAUCAGGCUCAUUGUUAUAGAACUCACAUUGUCCAAGGUGGUGGUGGUUUGUUGUGUACUGUUGUAUUCUGUGUGUAGUUCCCUCAAUGAAUUCCAUUAACCUUCCUCUUCAUGCUCAAUUCACCUUGCACAUUUUAUUGGGAAAGAUGUAACUCUGAAUUGAAUUGUGAUGUAUUCCAGAAGAAGAGCUUGAAACCCUCAUCUUUUGAGCAAGCAAAGAAUGGUAGGAAAUCACUGUGGACAGUAUUGCUAUCCUUGUCUUUACUUUCAGCCCACAAGGACUGUCUUGUGUUAUUUAGCAUUUUUUUAAAGCUGAUCUCUCCGUAAAAGGUUGCUGAAUAGUGGAUUUCCAAUAUGCACAUUCACCUUCAUAUGUGAUGGCAACAAUAGUCAGGGACAGUACACUUGGGUGUAACUCUAAACGUAGCCUAAUCUGGCAAAUUAUUGAAGAACUGAGAAGACAAAAAUACAUGUAGAUUCUACUCUAAGAAAGUAAUGUGUUUGAAAAUAAUUAUUCAUGGAUGGUAAAGGUAGAGAAAGAUAGAAAUCCAAAAUCAGUUCUGGUGGUGAUUAGAACUAACUAACUAACUUUUUCAAAAUUUUUGAAAUGUCACAGUGCACCUUUCACCAUGAUACUGCUCCUUUAAGCACUCAACCUGUAUUUAUUUAUUAAGGAGUCUUCAAGUCAUUCCCUGUGAUCUCUCAGGGUUGCGUAUAAAAUUUUUUACCAAUAUUCAUUACAUCGUAAGGCAUUGCAGGACAUCAAUUAUAAAACACAGAGUCCUCCCAGUCUGGUUUUAAGUUAAUAUGUAGGGAGUCUUUGGAGCAACAUAUCGUUCCUUUGGGUGACCACAUGCCAAUUUAUGACAACUUUCUGAAAACUGGAAAUGGCUAUGCUAUUAGAAACAAAAAUAUGUCCUAUGAAAUCUCAGGAGACUUGCAGCAAAACAAAAAACAUAUUUUGCCUUUGGCAGACCUUUAGUUGAAUUUCACCGGCCAAUAAUUUGAUUUCAAUUUUUCUUUUAACUUAAAAGGUACUUAAGCAUAUUAUUUUUUAUUUUCAUAUUAGUGCUCCUCUCCUUUUUACCUUUCCCCACUCACAGUCUAGUUCAAUAUGUAGAAUUCAGCUAAAUUACCAGUCACUGCUCAUGGGAAACCAUACUGGUGUGGCAUUCUAGGUUGGUGCAUAUGGGAGGGUGAGUUGUGUGUGUUCCAUGAGCAAAAUCUUAAACAUUUCACCUAUAAGUAUUUUGAUACAUUUUUGUUUGCACACCUGUAACACGUUAUCACAAUUACUGUGUUUCAAACCUCCUUCACUUCCACUGUUAUGGCAUGUGGAUCAAAAGCAUGCUGGAUGAGUUCCUUUAUUGUAAUCAUUUUGUUUUACUUUUAGGUCCUCCUGUUGUUGAGAUUGUCCCUCCUGCACUGUCCACUUUACGUGGUGUUCCAGCAAAUUUUACCUGUCACGUUGAAGGUUUUCCUUUGCCAACCAUCAAAUGGAAGAAGCAGAAUGGUUCGGUUGAAAGGGAGAUUUCUGCCAACAGUGCCGAUUUCAAAAUAAACUCCCAUCGUGGUUCGUCCCAGUUGAUUGUGCAAAAUGCUUCAACUGCAGAUUCAGGCUACUAUAUCUGCAAAGCUUCGAACUACGUAUCAGAUACUGCAAGAGCCUUCCUUGGAGUUGUAUGUAAGUUAUAUCUUAACAUGUGGAAACCCCAUGUAAGUUAAAAUAGCCUUGUUAAUGCAACCUUAGUCUAGAAGCCAGUACUGGGAAAUUGCAGUUUUGCCCUCUUGAUCACAAGAGUAUUAGCCGAUGACUUUAUAACUUUAAACCCUCCUUUUAAUCAAAUGGAGAACUUUUGGUUUUGUAGGGCUAAUGUCUCUGCAUUGCGAUAUUGUUAUUAAUGUAAAUGUAAAAGGUAAGUCGUUGAACGUUCUUUCAUGUGCGUUUAACUCUGAACAAAUCUAACAUUAUCCUUUGAAGAGGAAUGUAAAUUGAAAGGAAAAAAAGAAAAAAGAAAAGAAAAAGACCAAAAAAGUUGACAUGGCCAGGGUUCGAACCUUAAACCUGCCAACUUGAGAGGAGUAGGUAAAAUAUAUAGAGCUGGCCAAGUCUAAAUGCAGAGCUCUUAGAUUGUUUUCUAGCCCUUCGCCAGGGCAAAGGAACUGAGGAUUUUAGCGGGCAAAGUAACUGAGGAUUUUAGCAGGCAAAGUGAAUUUUUUAAACCUGCAAGCUAUUAUUGUGGAAAGCCAUGCAUGUGCCUGGUAACUCAUUUUUAUUCUGAUAAACUAGUUUUAAGAAGGAUAUAAUACUUUAUUACAAUUUGAUGCAUAGGUUGUGCACAAAACUUUAAUUUUACUAUACUUUUAUAGCCAAUACCAAUCCCUACACUUAAUAAACUGUUGGCAGGGUCAUAGGAAAAUUGAUGUGCCCUAUAUCUGCAAGAUUUCAUGUAAUUAUUUUAAUUACAUGAAUAUUAAGUAAUACUAGGAGAUCUAAGAAUAUUAAAAAAAAUAGAAAAACUGUUUGAAAAAUUAGAAUUCAGCUUAGGCCGAAUGAAAAAGAAAUGUGUACUAAUGAAAAAGCUAACCAAACUUUUUACAAUACCUGUCUGUACCUGUACGGCACGUAGUAAAGUUAUUCGAAGUAAUCAUAAUCACGGUUUUAAGGUUAAAAACACACGCGUAUGCAGAUUUCCUCUAAAACUGUAGUUCAAGCCCGCUAUGACUUCAAAAUUUUGAUGCACUCCUGCCCGUAGGUGCGUUCGUGUCCAUCUCUGUACAUGGAUGUACAUCUGAACAUGGAUUGCCAUUUUAUUUUAAGAAGUGGUGACAUUUUUAGUGUAUUUGAAAGAAAAUCGAAGUACAUCAAGGGAUACCUUGGGGUAAAAUGUGAGGAAUGAUUUGCGAAAAAACGUUUUGAAGGAGGUUUCUUCACUCUUUUUCAAGAUCCAGUAAUGUAUGAGGAUCAUGGUUUGUGUCCCACAAGUUUUGUUGCAACCAAAGGCGAGUCUGUCCUAAUGUGCUGUCCUGUCAAGGGGUUUCCACCUCCUCAAGUUAGCUGGGAACUUCCCAAUGGAACUCAACUUGAGACAGAAAGCACUGUUUUGCAUGUCAGAGUCAACACUGAGAGUGACUUUGGAUGCUACAGGUGCACUGCAAGGGGUCUGGAAAAGAAUUUCCUCACAGCUAACAUCACCAUUCAUGAGAAAAGUAAGUACAAACUUAGGAUUUAGGUGAAAUGUGCAUCACCUCCUCUCCAUGGAAACAUGAACUCUAGGGAAAAAAAAAAAUCUUGAGAUUUAAGUACAACUGGUAUUUCACAGAUUAAAGCUUCUUACAACAAAAGCUGGCCUUGUCUCUGGUUGACCAACGGCGAAGCUUAUGAAGAUUUUAAAAAAACUGUCCGGGCAAAAUAAAUGUCGGUAUUACAGAAAUGUGCAAAUUAAAAAAAAAAAAAGAUAGAUGGAGAAAACGACCUAACCAUGCCAUGCGAUAAAGUUACCCGGCUAGGGUAGCGUCAUUAUUUUCGUAUGUUUUGAUAGAAAUGGUAGGUAUGAUGUUUAACAAGUGGAGAAGCCUUAACUAUGCUCUGUUCUGUUGUAAAGCACGCAGGAAGCGACUAGAGCAUGAAAGAAGUGUAGGGAGAAACACGAAACGUAUUAUGGUCGCUUUCCAAGUUGACGCAUAAGCAAAUAUUAUAGGUUCCACUUUGAUUGCAAUUUCUCUGUCAAGGCGCGGACACCUUUCACUAGUCCAUAUAUUUCAGUACAAUCUCCUUACCCUCUGUUCCCAUUCAUGUAUUUGCUGAUCAUUGCACGACUUUCUUAGCAUCAAUCAAUUCCUCGUGGCUCAAUUUCAGUUUUGUCUCGGGCUAAGAAAUGAGUUCCUAUUUGAACAGAUCUCAGAAGAAGUUUUUGAGUAUCCUUUACGGUUGGUUCUUCUCUUUAUCAGUAAUCCUGUGGUUUAGAACAGAUAUACGAAUUGGCCGCUUUUUUUAUUUCAGUUUUUUUUUCAAUAUUUUGGCAAAUGAAAAAGCAUACCUGAGACUUUUUUAUGUUCGACGAAGGAGGUCUCUGCUCAUAAUCUUGGGUGUCCUGUGGUUUCACGAGUGACCUUUUUUUAAGGGUUUUUUUGUCGACCGUCUGCAGUCUCUGCGCCAUUUUGGAUGACCUCAUACAUCAUGCGCAACAGCAAUCGUGCACCUUGUGGUUUUCGUAUUAGUCUGAGUAUCGUAAAGCGGAUAUCUAAAGAAUACGUCGUGGUUUUCAUAACAGUCUAUGGAUUUUAGUCUGUAAAGCGGAUAUUUAAUGACUACUCGUGGUUUCCAGAGUAGUCUGAAGUAUUAUUAGCAAAGCCUUAAAGGUCUGUUCCACACUCUCUGUAACUAUAAAAAUGGUGUUUUCCAUUGGAGUUAUGGAUUUCAAUUGCAGCCGGCAUAUAGCAACAACGUGUGAUCAAAUGCAAGUGGCCACCAAGUGCUACGACUUAUUUCAUUUACGUACUUGUUUGACAUGUUUUAUUUGAGACCACAAAGGAUCACUUGGCACUAUGGCCACCGAGUACAACGACGCACUUCGUUUGAUUCGAGACCGCACUGGAUCUUGUAACAGAAUGGCAAUCGAGUAUUACUGGAAAAACUCUAGGAAUAAUAUCGUCUAGUUGAUAUGAGUUUUUUGUUCACCAUCUUGUACUUUGAAGCAAAAUCAAUGAAGUUUAAAAGCAUUAUAUCAGGAAUGGUUCUAACGUACUUCUCACAUGUUGCAUAAAUGUUAAGUAAUGGGUCAUUUUAAGAAGUUCUCCAUCAGUUGAACUUCUACUGAUUCUGCGGAAGCCAUUCAAACUAACAGGUAUGACAACUACAGAUGAGCUGACAACUUUAAGAGAAAGAAGAGAGGACCUGAGGGACAAUAAUGCAUGAGUUUCCAGCGCCACCAACGCGUUGCUUCUCUUAGUAACAGUAGGUUUUGUGCUUAUUUAAUUUUAGGAACACCUAAACAUCCUCUUUCUGCUUACGUCUCUCGACCACCAUUUUCCACACCAAUAAUCUGUGGGAAGAGAACAAAACACAUCUGUCUACCCUACUCAACAGCACGGACAUCCCGAUCAUUUGUCGCCACUUUACCUGAAAACAUCCAUUGUUACCAAAACUAUAAAGAACAUAAGGCUCUUUCAAAUUAUCAUUAAUACUCCUGCUUAAUUCCCUGAACAUUUUUGCACUCAUUAUUUUCCAUUUCUCCCCAGAUGACUAUUAUGGGUCUUUUUAAAGUGCCUUGUUACAGUAUAAUCUUACCGACAGAGAGAAAACUAUUCUUCUGUAAACUUGACUACUUUAUUAAACGACGUGUAGUUUUCUUAUUUAGGAGCGAUUCCAACAGACCAUACAGUAAUUAUCCUCAGUAAACAUACUUAAGCCCACUCCGGUUUAUGUCUUAGCUCACCACGGACACAAACUCGCAGUUUUCUCCAAAGUUCAUUGAAAGGAACAAAUUCCAUAGAAGCUUUCUCUCGGUAUGGCUUUUUAAACAGUCGGUUACUCCCGACAACAGCAACUAACUAGUACUACACGAUUGAGUCCUUUACACAUUUACAAAGUACUCUGGAACAUUCCGGAAGCUUACAACGCAGUUAUUUUGGUCGUAGUACAUCAUAAAUACGUGACUUAUUACAACGUUCUAGAAUGUUCCAUGGUUCUAGAUAUUUUAUAGAUAUUGGUGGUGUUGUUGUUGCUGAAGCAUCUGCAUAGCCAGCGCUCAUAUUCAAGACGCAUUUCUCAAUUUUAUGUAUUCUUCAUUCGUUGUUUCGCACAAGGAAACAGCCACUCAGGAGUCGCCUUAAGUGAGAGCCAUCGACUUGCUUUUAUUUAGACCUGGAACUCAUCCCUUUCAGCUUACGAGCGUAAAGAUUAUCAGUAUAAAGAGUCGAAUUUGCUGUGUUUUUAGCCACUAGUGAACAAUAAAGCUAACGUACACAGCCCGUAUUUGAGAGAUAUAUCACAUUUUAUCGAGCGAGCAUCCUGGUAGAUGGAUUUAUUUCAGUUGAUACGAAAUCAUAAAUGUUUGCCGAGUCACGCCGUAGAGAAUCGUCGAGCUCAAUUAUGAGUUACUGUUCUCAUCUGAAAGUCCGCACUAGUGACAGUUAAUGAGAACUUUGAUAAGUUCUUGAACUAUGUGGCCUUGGACGGCUGAAAAACCGUUUAAUACUUGAUUCCUUAAUAAAUUCAUGCAAACUGCGGUGAACACACUCCCGCUAUUGGAAACACUAAAACGGAUUCGGAAAACGGUCUUAAGUGGACUGAUUGCCCAGCAGUCAGUCUCGGCAGUCUUUUUAUCAGUAUUAGGCGUUUAUUUCGUAGUGUCUAGUGAUUCCAGAAAUUAUGUGGCUUUCUAGUUGAAGAAAUAUCUCCUCUUGACCAUGCUAUAAAAUCGCUAUAUUCUCAACGCUUAAAAAAGUUUAAACCAAGAACUUUUUCACCAGAAUAAGUCAUCCACUUCAAAACCAAACUGAUUUUCAGAAUCACUAACAUUAAGUGUACUCGUUAUUUUCGUAUGAGGCGAUUGUCUUUGAUCACAAAGCACUAAGGAGACACCGCCUGGCAUUUUGAUCACAAGAACUUUCCAAUUUUUUCCAAUAUGCACAAGUUCCGAAAAUUCUCUUACUGAAAUAGUGAAUAAUAUUUGAAAUUGUCUGGUAGUACAGACCAAACAUCAUAGACUUAAAUUAGGUUUGUACGAGGUCUUUAGAAAUUCGGUCGAUAUUUUUGAUGACCAGGCUGAACUAAAAAAAUUAAAUUUUUCUAAUUAUCGAAAACAUGAUGAUUUUACACCGUGAAUGAGUUGCAAUGUUUUUUGGUAAUUCCCGUAAUACAGAAUAUAUGAGCUUCAGACUGAUGUUGAUCACGAUUUUCUACACCCUUCCUAUCCUUACAUCAUUCUGCAUUUCAGUUUGCCGUCAAAAUACGUUUCAUAAUGUUUAUCUUUCUUAUUGGUGUCAGAAUCUAACACAAACGACACCAAGAUUAUUCUGACAGAUGGUGUCAACUUUGCGUGGGAAAAAGUACAAGGAGCAAGUAACUAUCUCAUCAGAUUACUCGAGAAUAAAUUCUUGAAGGAGAAUUCUCUUCUUGGGUGUGGCACCAGUACUUCUGUGGAGAUUCCUUACAGCAGUUUGCCCUUUAAGAGUGCUACCGAAAAGAGCAAAAAGAGACAACUUGAAGUAGUUAUCGAAGUGUGGGCUUAUGGCAACACAAAGAUUAUUGGGGAUGGAAUUCGUUACACUAAUGUGGGUAUGUAUGAAAGCUACUUCAGUUUGUCAUCAAAAAGGAAGAUAUCAUCUUUGUUUUACCGGGGUAAAAAUUUAUGUUUACAUUUAACCUCGAUCCUUCACUGCCGCGCAUGUCUGAGAGUUUACAAACGUCAACUGCACUUUGUGUUAGAGGUUUACAAACAUUUUCCUGUCUCAGCUUUAUUGGGCGGGCGGUAAUCGUUAAUUUUCCUGAAGGUGAUCCGUGUUACGUGUUACGUGUAUAUAUAUAUAUAUAUAUAUAUUUGUUUGCAAGUCAUAGAGGCAAAAACGAAAGGAGCAGAUUAUUGAUGAGAAUAACAAAAUGAACCUUUCAACAGCGGAGAUUGAAGCAGAAAUAAUAGUUUUGGCGAGCGAGUACUCAGUGUUUUCUAAACGAAAAUUAUUGCGGUCAUCUCUGAUUUUAAUGGCAGCGGAAGGCUGGGGAGAGAAAGAAAUUUGUACGAAUGGGUGGGGGAGUGAACAUUACGCCUACCCAAAGUCAUCGUUAUUUUGCAAAACUCCGUUCGCCUACAAACGGAGUUCCUGAUUGUUGUAGUUGAGCUCCGGCUGUCAAUCACAAGCCAAACGUGUCAUCUGGGCGUCAUUCCGACAUUUCGUUCCAGUGGGAGAAAGAGAAAGAUGGCGAGCUCUGAUUGUGAAGUUAUUAGUUACGACUCCGCUCUCGAGGAAGCACCUAAGUGUCUCUCGGAAUUUAAUAGGUCUCGUGCAUCAAAAUCGGAACAAAAAGAAGCAAUUUCUGCACUGGUUUCUGGAAAUGACUCACUGGCCGUCUUGCCGACUGGCUUUUGGAAAGCCUGAUAUUUCCGGAGUUGGUUCUCAUGAAAGAAAUUAUGACGUGAAACCUUCGAGCGUAAUUGUUGUCUGUCGUUUUCAAUGCAGUGUUUGUGGUCAACUGGAAUAAGCAUCUUCGAUCGGAUUAAGGGUAGCUUACGCUCACGGAUUGUCAUUUGGAGGAUGUAGAGUGCGGCAAAUCGUAUUUGCGUCAGCCAGCAGAGAUGGUUUGGUGAAACCAUUUAUCCAUUUAUAAAAAACGAAAAAAAAACAGCUACACGGUUUCACCAGAGUAAACAGGUUUGCAUCAAACACAAUAUGGCGAAUAAACCUUCGAGUGCAGUUGUUUGUUGCUUCAAAGUAUCGUUUACGAUCAAAUGGAAAAAAAAUUGUCAAAUAGGUAAACGGCAGCUGUACUCAAGGAUUUUCGCUUAAAAAAUUAAGAGUGCAGCAAAUAUCAGCUCACAUUUGUGACUGCGAAGGAGGUUUGAUUGGUUACUUGCUCGUCUCCGAAAGCGCAGUGACGCGCAACUUAUCAGGAGGUGUUUUGCUUUUCAACAGCCGUUUUUAACAGCCUCUUCGGGCAGGCGUCUUCCGGCCCUUCCUCUGCCCCCUACCCCCACCGUCCAUUCUAACUCAAAAUAAAACAUGGCCGGUCAAAUAAACGAUCGCGAGCUUAUAACGUUAGCUCGCACUAAUAAGAAGUCUGCAUGCAGGCGAACGCAGAAAUUAAUGUCAAUAUUCAUGCACUCAAGAACAAAUUUUACCUGAAUGCAUAAGUUGGGAGCCACUAUAACUUGAUCCAUUAUAAAAAUAUUACGUUUUACCUUUUAAUAUUACCUUUUGGGGGAACGAAUGACUUUUUUUUUCUUUAUUGCGUUGGAUGCAGACCUCCUCCCCCAGGCUUGGAUAAAUUCUUUGUACUCAUUGACUGAGUGGGAGGGGCGGCCGAGAACAUAUUUAGUCCGAGGGCGUACUGUCCGAGCGUCAUAAUCGAGAGCCAAACAUUUUUUAAUCCGACUUUUGCUACUAAAUGCUAAUUGUCAAAUCGGCAGAAGAAGAAGUGUUAGCUGAUUUAGUCGAGAUCUGUUUGGAUCAGCCUUUUCACUCUGGUUCUGUUUUUCUGUGUUGUAUCAGGGAGAAAAUUUAUAUCAUCAAAAGUAAGCCUCACGAGCUCCUGCUACCAAUGGCCGGUGCUUGCCGUAAUCAGCUAAAAUAGUUUGUAACAUAAAUUGGGAAUGGAAGAAGUAUGAGAACGAACAAGCACACAAUUCAGCGAAAAUGCGGCCUGCCUCAGUUUUUCUACAGCCUGUAAAGGAAAAUCUGGUUUCAUUUGUGCAACAGACAAAAGAGGCAAAUUUUAUUUUUAAAAAAAAUGCUUUUUCUGUUUUGUUUUUCGGAGAAGGGGAGUGUAUUAUGUACCAAAUUUCUUUUCUUGCAGAAAUCCGCGCAGAUGCAACAACUUCUACAGUUUCCUUGAUUAUUCUCUUGUUAUCGUUUGUGAUUUACAACCUACAAUAGUCGGUAAGUCUAUUUUCUUUUACUUUUAAUUAAAUUCUACUGUUGCCCUUCUCUUUUCCGCAAUGUGGAAGGGUUUUAUUCAUGGUGUUCUUUCUUUGAUUUUACCUAUGUUUGUGCGUAUUGGAUUUUGCGCGCGUAAUGAUGGCAUAACGUUAGUCUGAAAACUUAGACUCCUUUUAUGUUGUGCACAGAUGGAAAGAAAUAGUCUCAUAUUCCAUAUUUUACUUGAUAUCACAACCAGUAUUUACAGGGCCAUCAAGGGUCUAUUUUCCACAUUUCAGAGCCCAUAUAUUAUGAGAUCCUAGAAGAAACAAGAGUCCCCAUGAAACAAGCCAUAUUUAAUACACCACACGUGAAUACAUCGUGAGACAAACGAAAAAACUUAGCUUUUAUUGUUAUUCACCACGAUCAAUAACCACAACGUUUUUCACAAAGUAAGCCGUAUUUAUUUAGAAAAAAAAGAAAUCCUCUGAAAUUUGCCGGAAAGGUCAUUUCGAAUCGGAGAUAGCGAAUUUAUAAUGAAUUAAGCAAAAUCCAAAAAUUCAUCGGGAAAAACGGAAGGAAAAGAGGGCAAAGCAAACUAGAGAAAAAGAAACACUAACCUUAACGAUUUCUUCGACUCGGGCGCUGUCGCGCCUUUUCUCUCUUUGGCCGUUUGAUAAAGACUCUUGUUUCUCAAUUUCUUGCGAAAUAUGGUUUAAAUUCCCUUUGUUGUCCAGUGCAAGACGUGAUUUAAACAAAAUACGCAAAUCGAAAUCCCGGACGAAAGCCCGCAGAAACGUCAGCACUCUGCUAGAGGCCUUUCCGAUUAUGACACAUUUCGCUCUUCGGCACAGGUUCCCAAAAACAUUUCUGCCAUAUCUCGCGUUCUUUUUAAUAUUUUACAAUCCUCUCUCGGCAAAUUAAACGUAAAUGCUUUCUGUAGAUAAAGAGCAAAAGAACGAAAUUUUGAAAAUUUUGACCUGAUUUUGUUGAAAUUCCUACGUAUCAUUUACAUUUCAAUCUUUCGAAGAGGUUUCAUCGCGUAGAACAAGCCUCGUUGGAGUUCUGCUAAAGAAUCUUCAUUGUCAUCUGCAUUCUUAACAUUUUUUCCUACUACUCAGUAUGUAAACGAUGGCCUUUGAUUGGUGCAAGCCUAACUGUCAAGCUAUAUAAACUCCCUUUUGCUAGCCGUUAUUCUAAGGUUGCGCAGUUAACGGUAAGAGAACUACCCAAACGCGAACUGAUCUACAUAUCAAAUUACUAGUUACUAUCCUAAGGUAAGAAACAUGUUUGGGGUGAAAGAUAGGGGUGAAAGAUAAGGGUGAAACCUCUUGCCUCAUUGAUACAUGCAUCCGUGAGUUCCUUGUGUUAGACAAAGCCACGGAUAAUUAUAGGCCGUCUUCAUCAUCCAAUCCUGUCAUGGCUCACGCUCUGCAAAAUCUCUCACGAUUUUGGAUUCUGUCGCUUCAAUUUUUCAAUUAAAGAUGAAAGAAGCCUCCUAUAUAUUAUUUUGCAGAAAAUUUGCGACGACUUAAUUAUAUCUUGCGGGUGAUAUUGGAAAAAUUACCAAUAAAUGGAAGCUUGUAAUACCUUGUUCCUUUUGUAAAUUUAUUUAACUUGGUAUCUUUACUUAACUUAGGUGUCGCCUCAAGGAUUUUGGUGACGUAAGUUUGUUUUUAUAACCUUAUUCUUUUUCUCAAUUAGGUGAGAAGGAAAGGAAUUCCUUUUAAGAGUUACUCAAAGGUGUUGAAAAAGUUUUGUUAAACCGGACGUUUUGUGUUAUGUUAGCUUCCUUUUAGUGAAACACGACCAAAGUAACUACUUUCAGUUAAUAAUUUGAUAACGUUAAGAUUAUAUUGUGGUCAUAAUUUAAGUGUUUAGCAUUUCGGGUCUGCUCCGAGUGGGAUCACCACCUUAUCGUGGUGGGGCAGUUUGCGUGUCUCGGUGACCCCUAGAGCUAUGUCGGCUGGAG